UCAGCCUUAUUCACGUGUCCGCUUGUUUAUUGAAAUUUUCCAAUAUUGGAUAUUGAGACAUCUCAAUAUUGAAUACAUUUCUUAUUCACGUGUACCCCUUGAAAACGGGAUUGUUGGAAAUUGGAAAACUGUUAUUUAAUUGAAUAAGUAAACGCGGCAACACUGUAAAAUUGUCAAAAACCUCUAAAAUGUAACCUCACUUUUCACUUUGUUGUUUAUUUACAAAGUUAGUUGUUUAUGAGUUGAGUUUAUUUAUUUAUUUUACUGUCUGAUUUGAUGAUGGAGAAAAAACGAACAUCGAAAAAACAGUUUGGACUUUACAUAAAGUUCGUAAAAGAAAAUCCAGUUUUAAUUACGGGAAAAUUGCAACCAUCCGGCAAUCCCAAAGAUCUGGAGGUGUUGUGGGAUGAAUUGAGCAAAGUCCUCAACUCCUGUGGGGACGGACCCAUUAGGGAAACAGCUUCCUGGAAAAAGGUCUUCACUGAAUGGAAAAGUGCUUCAAGGAAAAAGGCAAGGGAGAACAAACAACUCUCAGAGCUGGAAGAAGAAAUUCUUACAAUAACAGGUCGGGGUGCUGUCAGUGGUUUGGAUGUAAGAGAACUAGGAACUGAAACAACUGAAACAGAAGAUAAGUUGCCCAAGAAGGAAAAAAUUCAGAGUGGCCCUUCUAAAGUCAAGUGCUUAGAUAAUAUUGUUGGACAUUCAAGUGAUGAAGCCAAGGAUGAAGCUUCAUCUAGUAACAGUGAGCCAAAAAAUGUUCACAAGGAGAACAUCCCAAAGACAAAGCCAAAGAAAAAACGUACAGGGGAUGUGCUUUGUGACACAUAUGAAGCAGCCACAAAUGAGACCUGUGAGAAAUUGGAGGGAAUUAGCUUAGCAAUAUUAGAAGUAGCCAAAGCUAUCAAUCGUUAUUGUGACAUUGUCGAAGCUUCCAACCAAACAAUAGAAUAUGUAGAUGAACAAAAUGCUGAGGAAGUAGAAGACGAGGAUAAUUAUUAAUUAAUAAUUUAUUAUUAACCAUUGUAGUAUUUAUAAUCCUAGAGACCCAAAGAAUUUAUUUUUUCGUUUUUUUUUGUUGUUAAUUUUUAGAAUUUUUUUUUUAUGUUGUAUUAUUAGGUAUAUUCUGUUAUCAUUAUUAUUUUGUGUUUUUAUGACACAUUAAUAAAUUUGGUACGUGUUAAAUAUUUUAUUUCAUAUAGGUAACUAGAACUAUAUUCUCUAUGUUCACAAAAACAAUUUUUUGGAUGUUUCUUAACACAAUUACUUUUGGAAAACAUAGUCAGUUUAGUUAUGCAUUUUAAAAUUAAUUACUUUUAGGGACUUCAAAAAUGAACUAUGAACAAUAUGAGAUGUAUAUAGAUUAUUUGGGGAAAAAAGAAAAGAAUUUAAGUCAACUAUGUGAACAUCUGAAUGCAGUACCUGGCGGCUCUAAAAAAAAUUUACGUGAGUGGCAAGAGGUAUGAUAAGUUAUUGUCAAGUUAACAUUAUAAAAUAAACCAAUCCAAACCAUGUUACUAAUUUCAGUAAUUUUCAGGCAUUUU